GUCUCACUUGUUUUCGACGUUGUACCCGAAGCUCUGUUCUUCUCUGCAUCUACACUGUUCGUUUCCCUCUCUCUCUCUCUACUGAAAGUUUUUGGAAUAUGAGCAGCAGAACAAGAACAAGUAUAACAAAUUCUCGGAGCUUUCACAUUGUAUAAACCGAUAUUGUUAUGAAUCAUCAUCCUCAUCUUCUACAACAACCACAACAACAACCGCUUCUGCAAGAACCACCACCGUUACAACAACCACCACCACCACCGCUACCGCUACUACACCAACAGCUUCCUCUCCCACCUUCGCGUUUCACGAUCUGUAAGCGUCAUCCUGAAGAGCCACUCACUGGUUUCUGCGCUUCAUGUUUACGAGAACGUCUCGUCGGUUUAGAUUCCUCUAUCUCUACCAUUUCCCACCCGAAAACAUCCACCACCGCCGCCACUUUCAAAUCGAUAUUUCGAGGUGGUCCUUCUGUCAUUACUGAUAAUAAUAAUAAAGAUCCUUGUGCAUCGACAUCAUCAUCGUCCAAUUUGCCGGAGCUUCGUCGGUGUAAGUCAUUUUCAGGUAGAAAAGCUGAAGGUUUGUCUAGUGGAUUUGAACCUCAGAGGAAAUCUUGCGACGUUAGAGGAGGCGUGCCUACUCUCUUUAAUCUUAUCAAUAAAGAAGAAGAUACGACUAAUUUAGGAGUUUGUGAAGAAAUCAGGGGAAAUAGUGAAGGAAUUAGGGGGAAUAGAGAAGAAGUUAGGGCGAAUCAAGUAAUCCAAGAAGUUGAAAUCGAAGCCGAAGAAGAGGAAGAAGAAGAAGUACUAACAAUGAAGGAUCAUCUAGAACAAGAAUCAAUGAAUAAGAAACAGCAUUCGAGUAAAGAUUUGAAAGAAAUUGCUGGAAAUUUCUGGUCUGCAGCUUCAGUUUUUACUAAGAAAUUACAGAAAUGGAAGAAAAAACAGAAGCCGAAGAAAUCUGAAACUAGUACAACCAGCGGCUUAUCUUCUACCAACACAAAUCGUCAUCAUAAUAAUAAAACACACACGGAAUUGGCAGAUUAUGGAAGAAGAUCAUGCGAUAUUGAUCCUAGAUUUUCUUUGGAUAUUGGUCGGAUAUCCUUUGAUGGUCCUCGCUACUCUUUAGAUGAACCGAGAGCUUCUUGGGAUGGAUAUCUAAUUGGAAAAACGAUCCCAAGGUUAGCUCCAAUGGUUUCAGUUGUUGAAGAUGUUCCAAUUCCGGUGGUAAAGAGAUCUGAUAAUCAGAACCCUGUUGAAGACACUUCAACUUUUGAUACUACUCCAGGAGGUACAGCUCAAACGCGUGAUUAUUACUCGUCUUCGGAUUCGUCACAGCGCAGGAGAAAAAGUUUUGAUCAAUCUUCGUCUGAUUUAUCACAACGGAGAAGGAAAAGUUUCGAGCGUUCCAAUUCGAUUCGCAAGAAAGCUGCUGCAGUCGGAGCAGAAUUCGAUGAAAGUAAAUUGGCAACCAAUUCGAAACUGUCACCUACUAAUGUUGAGUUUCAUGGAGCUAAAUUGAUUGGGGCAGACAGAGAUUUGAGGGAUUCCAGGGCGAAUUCUCUUAGAAAUGAUGAUCGGUCGGAGUCUCAAAGCCAUGAGUCGGUAUUAAGAGAUUCUGUGUCAUGUAGUGUGGAUCAAAAGGAACCGAAGAAAUCGAGUAGUAGAUGGAGUAAGGCUUGGAACAUUUGGGGAAUAAUGCACAAGAAAAAUCCUAGUAGUAUUAAAGAUGAUGAUGAUGAUGAAGAGAGGUCUAGCAAUAGAGCCAAUGUAGUUGAAAGAUCGUAUUCGGAGUCAUGGCAAGAACUAAGAAAAGAUACUAAUGCUAAUGGAGAAUCAAAAGGUGGAAUCAAUAGAGUUCUUCGGAGUAAUAGUAGUGUUAGUUCCAGGAAUGCUACGAACUCAAGUGGCGCAUUCGGUGGUGGUAGUGUUAGUGGCAGUGGUGGUGCAUUUGGUAAUGUCAGCAGUGGCAGUGUAAGAAAUGAUGUAGAGACUAAUGGAAUUGGUAAAAAGAAAAAGGAAGAAGUUGUGUUGGAACGAACGAAGAGUGCGAGACAUUCUUCGAGUGAUGUUAUUGAUAAUGGGCUUCUACAAUUCUACUUGACACCAUUGAGGAACAGCAAAAGGAGUGCAUCUGGAAACGGUAGACCUAAGAACAACGCGCAGUCAAUUGCUAAAAGAGUAUUAGGUCUGUACUAAGAAUAUCAACCCAAAGGUAUAUCUUUGUCAUCAACUAUUGUUUAUUUUGGAUCAAGAAUUGAUCUUCUUUACUACAUAUUAUCUAUAUCUAUAACUAUAUCUGUUUGUUGUUGUUUUUUGGUUUUUGUUUUGCAAAGAUAAAUUGAACUCACAUUGUAGUUUUUCGUUGCUUAGCCUGUUUAUUUUAGUAUACUUUUGGGUAAAUAAUGAGAAUGUUCUCACUUUGGGUUUAACAACAAGGGUGUCAAAUUUUUUGUAACAUGUAUUGAUUUCAGCCCUCUGCAUUUUAGUGUAUAACUUCUUGUGGUAUCUGUA